AUAGCUGGACAUCGCUCAGGAUGGAGAUCUUUCAAGUCGGCCCUUUGUACCACCGGAGGUUUACAGGAUCCAUAAGUAAAAGUUCAAUGUUUGCCUUACGAACAACCUCCGUGGUUCACCAGUCACAUCUUACCGGAGAAAACCGAUCUGACAAUUCGUACCUACUGGAGGAGUCAGUGAUCUAUACGCCAAAAGAAUCGGCAAAGGACAGGAUAGCCCAGGAAACAAAACUAUGGAGACAACAACAAUUCGAGCUGCUGUGGAAGUCAGCUAACCCCCAAUUUUCAAAUAGCUUCCCGAUAGCGCUGCGUGUGUGUAAGCAGUUGGAAGUACCGGCAGAAACAAAUCGAGGAAUAUCAAGCCAAGAAUUACGUACAUCUGGCGAUGCCGGAGGAACUCUUUUACUCUUUUACGUGAUCAACUGAAAGUGAUCGAAAGCGGCGAAUCGGACUCAGGAAUGUACCACCAAAUUAGGACCAGAGAGAGAGAGAGAGCACUAGCCAACAGUAGAAGGAGAAGAAUCCAAAAUCUACCACAAGCAACACAUUUAUCUGUUUGUCUAAUUGUCCAAUAUUUGUCAAAUUUCAACUGAAAACUAAUUAAUUUACUACAAUAGGUACUGUGGGUGUACCUACUGACUAAAAUUGUGCAAAACAAAUAUUUGCAGAAAUGACAAAUUGCGUA